UCCUUCCUUCACUCUUUGGACUUGCCUGAUCUUCUUGAGCAGUCCAGCACAAGCUAAUCCACAAGGUUCAAUCAGGCUAAGUAAUUGGGGGAAUGCGUCCACUCUGAAUUACAAUGAGCGGCAGGGAAGGAUCUGUCAGCUGACUAAUCAGGGAUAGUGGAUUUUUUGCAGCACUGCCACGGUGGUAAUGGAAGCAGCUACGCUAGCUUUGUUUGAUAGAGAUUUUUGGCUGCCGUUUUUAAAUACUACCCAAGAAGCAUCUCAUAUUUCAUCAAUGUUGCAUUGACUAUUGGAAAAGAAGAGCCUAAUUCUGUAUAGGCGAGAUGGCAGAAGCAAAUCCCCCGAGAGGCAAGAUGAGGUUCAAAAGGAAUGCGGCUUCCUUCCCUGGGAACCUGCAUUUGGUUUUGGUUUUACGUCCUACCAGUUUUCUUCAACGAACUUUCACAGACAUUGGAUUUCGAUUUAGUCAGGAGGAUUUCAUGCUCAAAUUACCGGUUGUUAUGCUGAGCUCAGUUAGUGAGUUGCUGACAUACAUUGAUGACAAGCAAUUAACCCCUGAGUUAGGCGGCACCUUGCAGUACUGCCACAGUGAAUGGAUCAUCUUCAGAAAUGCUAUAGAAAAUUUUGCCCUCACAGUGAAAGAAAUGGCUCAGAUGCUACAGUCCUUUGGAACUGAACUGGCUGAGACUGAACUACCAGAUGAUAUUCAUUCAAUAGAAGAAAUUCUGGCAAUUCGUGCUGAAAGGUAUCGUCUGUUAAAGAAUGAUAUUACAGCUGUAACCAAAGAAGGAAAAAUUCUGCUAACAAAUCUGGAAGUGCAUGACAUUGGAGAGGAUGAAAGUUCAACAAUAGAAUGUCAUCAAAUAACUGGUGACUGGCAUACUAUUAAUAAACUGCUGACUCAAGUACAUGAUAUGGAAAAAGCUUUUGAUGGAUUUUGGGAAAAACACCAAUUAAAAAUGGAGCAGUAUCUGCAACUCUGGAAGUUUGAGCAGGAUUUUCAAGAGCUCGUGGCUGAAAUUGAAUUUCUGUUGCACCAACAAACAGAUCUGGGUGAUGUAACGGGAAAUAUAACUCAAGUAAAACAAAAAUUAAAAAAGUUGGAAACCUUAGAUGAAAACUCUCAGGAUCUAAUAGCCAAGGCCCGAUUUGUGAUAUUACAUGGACACAGACUUGCUGCAAAUCACCAUUAUGCACUUGAUCUAAUCUGCCAGAGGUGCAAUGAGCUCCGCUAUCUUACUGACAUUUUGAUUAAUGAGAUCAAAAGAAAACGGAUACAGCUCAGCAGGACCUUCAAAAUGCAUAAACUCCUACAGCAGGCUCGUCAGUGCUGUGAUGAAGGAGAAUGUCUUCUAGCUAAUCAGGAAAUGGAUAAGUUUCAGUCUAAAGAAGAUGCUCAGAAAGCCCUCCAAGACAUUGAAAAUUUUCUUGAAAUGGCUCUACCCUUCAUAAAUUAUGAUCCUGAAACCCUACAGUAUGAAUUUGAUGUAAUUUUAUCUCCAGAACUCAAGAUCCAAAUGCAGACUGUGCAACUGAAGCUUGAAAAUAUCCGAAGUAUAUUUGAGAACCAACAGGCUGGUUUCAGGAACCUGACGGAUAAGCAUGUGAGGCCAAUCCAGUUUGUGGUACCCACAUCUGAAAAUUUGAUCAGAUCUAGAACUCCAUUCUUUUCAUCUAAACAUGUGGGAGUUGGAUACUCUUUCUUUCAAGCAUGUAAACUUUUUUCAAAAGGGAAGAAGGAUUGGAGACAAAAUCAGAACAACUUAAAAAUUGAAGUGGUGCAUGAUUGCCAGGAGAAGAGAAGUUCUGGUCAAUCCUCCAGUUUGGAAAACGAUAAUAGUUUGGAUGUCUUAAAGAAAUAUGUCCUAAAUGAGCUGAUACAGACCGAGAGGGUGUACGUUCGAGAGCUAUUUACUGUUUUGUUGGGCUAUAGAGCAGAGAUGGAUAAUCCAGAGAUGUUUGAUCUUAUGCCACCUCUCUUGAGAAAUAAAAAGGAUGUUCUCUUUGGAAAUAUGGCAGAAAUAUAUGAAUUUCAUAAUAGCAUUUUCAUGAGCAGCCUGGAAAAUUGUACUGAUGCCCCUGAACGAGUGGGACCUUGUUUCCUGGAAAGGAAGGAUGAUUUUCAGAUAUAUGCAAAAUACUGUCAGAAUAAGCCCAGAUCAGAAGCAAUUUGGAGAAAAUUCUCAGAAUGCGCCUUUUUCCAGGAAUGUCAAAGAAAAUUAAAACACAGACUUGGUUUGGAUUCCUAUUUACUCAAACCAGUGCAGCGAAUCACUAAAUAUCAGUUAUUAUUGAAGGAGCUAUUAAAAUAUAGCAGAGAAAGUGAAGGAACUACUCAAUUAAAAGAGGCGCUUGACACAAUGCUGGAUUUACUGAAGGCAGUUAAUGACUCCAUGCAUCAGAUUGCAAUAAAUGGCUAUAUUGGAAACUUAAAUGAGCUGGGCAAGAUGAUAAUGCAAGGUGGAUUCAGUGUUUGGACAGGACACAAGAAAGGUGCUACAAAAAUGAAGGAUUUUGCUAGAUUCAAACCAAUGCAGCGACAUCUUUUCUUAUAUGAGAAAGCUGUUGUUUUUUGUAAAAGACGUGUUGAAACUGGAGAAGGCUGUGACAGAUACCCGUCAUACAGUUUUAAGCACUGUUUGAAAAUGGAUGAAGUUGGAAUCACUGAACACGUAAAAGGUGAUAACCGCAAGUUUGAAAUUUGUUAUGGCGGGAAAGAAGAAGUUUAUAUUGUCCAGGCUCCUAAUGUUGAAGUAAAGAUGUUGUGGUUAAAAGAAAUAAGAAAUAUUUUGUUGAAGCAACAGGAACUUAUGACAGUUAAAAAGCAAAAACAACACCAUGGGUUAUCAGAACAGAAUCAGCUUUCUUCUCAGCAGAAUGAUGAAAAGCAGCAGGGAGCUAUUACACGUUUUGAGGAAACUGAAUCAGAACACGCUAGCGCUAUGGUGGAGGUCUCUGAGGCAAUCUUGGCAGGUCAGGCGGCAGCAAAUGCAGUUUGGACUGAGAUGUCACACUCUGCAGAAAUCCUUGAAGAGCCUGACGAGUGGCCAAGCAACUAUUUCUACUCUACUUAUGGAAAUGAAGAAGAAGAUAGGUCCCUAAUGGAAAACAUACAGAAGAGCAAUAGAAUGCAUUCCAUGCAUCUCUCUCCCUGCCCAAAAAAGAAGUCCUGUCAAGUUAAAAACUGAGCAAUAAUGGGUACCGCUUCCCUUGUAGAGACCUGUGACGGACAUGGCUCUCCUAUUUUGAUGAAGCUACUAUGUCAGAUGGCAAGUAGCUCUUUCCUGCCUGCUUCUCAGCCCAUUUGGAAAAAAUACUACUCAAAAGAUGUUCAGCCCAAAUGAUGUAGAUGUUGUUUUCAGGUUAAUUUCCUUGGACACAUAAAGAAUCAACAGCACAUGGUUUUUCUUUUCUUUCAUAAAAAUUUUAAUUAUGUAUUCCUUUCUUUGAAAAUUAUGUAUUUGAUGUGUAAGAUAUUGUGCUGGAAAGAUUCUCAUCUCAGAAUACUUUUGGACUUGAAAAUCAUUUCUUCUCUAUCUACUUUGUAACCAAAUGCAAUCAGUGUGCCUUGUAUUAUUUAGCUUAUUAAUGAAUUAAGUUAAAAUUAUGGCUGCAAAAUGACUAAGGUCAAGUAAAGCACAACGUGAUGAUUUAAUAUGCUUUCAUUGGACCCAGAGCUUUUGUGCCCAUUAUUUUAACCUGUGCAAAACAAUACGACGCCCAGAAAUUCUUUCGGGGGCACGAGUAAACUUUGUUCAGGGCUACUGUUUUUUGUAUGUGCCAAGAUAAAAUUUUCAUGAAAAUAGUUUACAAAUAAGAGUAUUUAAAAUUUAAUAUUUUCAUGCUUGUUUUUUCUGGAUUUAUGCUUAUAAUUCAUGUAACAAAUUAGUCGUGCUCUAUUAUUUUCUGUACAUUUCAUGUUGUAAUUCUCUUUUUUCAAAUAAAAAUUAAUUCUUCGGGUUAAA